AUGCCGGCCUGGAGGAAGAGCAGCUUGUCCCCAGCCCACGGGAGCCUCUUGCAGCUGCACAACAUGAUCACGGAGGCGACAGGGAAAAACGCUUUGCUGCACUAUGCCUUCUACGGCUGCUACUGCGGCCUGGGGGGCAAGGGGCAGCCCAAGGACGCCUCAGACAGGUGCUGCCAGCUACACGAUACCUGCUACCUCGGCCUCCUGAGCCAUGACUGUGACGCCAAGAAGCAGAGCUACCACUACAAGGGGCACCACGGCAGCCCCUCCUGCAGAAAGGACUCCUGGUGUGCUCAGCUCUCCUGUGAGUGUGACCGCAGCCUGGCACUGUGCCUGAAGAGAAACGUCAGGAGCUACAGGAAACGCUACCAGUUCUAUCCCAAUUACCUGUGCAGGUGA